AGGCAGGAGGCUGCCAUGCUGCAGUUCUGGCUUGGUUUUACUCUUGGCAAUGUGGUUGGGAUGUAUCUGGCUCAGAACUAUGAUAUUCCUAAUAUUGCAAAGAAGCUCGAAGAGUUUAAGAAGGAUGUGGAAGCUAAGAAGAAACCUCCCAGUGACAAGUCCUAACAGAGCAACGUUUCCCAGGUCACCUCUGUGCAUGCAUCAAGGAUGCACUUUACCUUUCAGGCAACGAAGAUCAAGUAGGGGGUUGGCAUGGGAGAUUCCUCCACUUUUAGUCUCCUAGAAAUGGAAUGUCCUUCUUUUGAAAGUACAGCCUCGAACUUUCCCUGGGACUGAUUUUCAGGGGUUUCAGAGUUUGGAUUUGCAGCUGAUAU